GUUAGUUGUCGCGACAGUCGCUACUACAGUUAUUUCUGUUUUUGUUCGAAUAUCGCCGAUCAUUCGUAUCAUCGCAUCGUCCUCCAUAAUUUCUUCGAGACUAUAAACGAUACGUGAAUUUAUAAGAACGCAAAUUAUACGGAUGACGAUGACGGCGAAUUCCAAACAGAGUUCCAAGCGAUCAAAAUGGGCCUUAGAUUUUGCCCACAAAACGAAACAAGACAAAAGCGUGGAAAUACCAUCUCCACCAGGAUACACACCUACUGGUUCCCUCUUUCACAAUGUGGAGUACAUGAGAGAAUCGGAUUCCAAUCAUCUCAUAAUAAAGAAGUCCUGGGACUUGGCGUUGGGACCUCUUAAGCAAGUGCCCAUGAACCUAUUCAUCAUGUACAUGGCUGGCAGUUCAAUUUCAAUUUUUCCCAUCAUGAUGGUCGGCAUGCUCAUUAUCAGGCCAGUCAAGGCGUUAUUCACAUUGCAACAAACAUUCAAAGUGAUCGAAGGAACACACGCGUUUGGGCAAAAGUUCGUGUACUUCUUAGGACAGUUAGUAAAUAUCGCGUUAGCUUUGUACAAAUGUCAAUCGAUGGGUUUAUUGCCGACGCACGCGUCCGACUGGCUAGCGUUUGUGGAGCCGCAAACAAGGGUGGAAUACUCUGGUGGAGGUUUCAUAUAUGUUUGAUGCAAAUACAAUCAGUUAAUAUUGUAAGUACUCGAUAUACGCGUCCGACAAAUGCGAUCGUGAAAAUAGUUAAGUUAUACUGUGCGCGUGUCGCAUUUAAAUAUUGUUUAUUAAAGAAAAUAAAAGUAUGGAAAAAUAAGUGGCUGUCUCUUUGUACAUAUGAAUAUAUAUACAAGUAGAAAUAUUUCUUGGAAAAUAUAGCUAAAUGUUACAUUUAGAUCAUAUCAGUAAUGGCAUUAUUCAUUUUUUCUUCUAGUAUUGGAAGUGGUUAUGCUUAGGAGUAAUGUACAAUUAUGCUAUGGCUUCUUCUUAUUUUCUUCUAGAAACUGAAGUACUCGUUGAUAUAUUUUUGCUGGUUCGUCCACACGUGGAAUCUAUAAAAUGAAAAUAAAUUAGCUUCAAGAAAUAGCAAAGUACUUGUCGUAUCAAGAAUUUUAUAUUGCACACAUGAAAAAGAAAGUACUGACAUAGUGAUUUGUAAUUUCAUUGUAUGGAAAAUAAUUAGUCAAUUAUAAAAGCA